UACGUUCCGCCGACCGCAGUUCGGGUGGUUUCGAAACGGCGGCGAUCCUUUCUCUGGCUCUGAAGCCACGUCGCGUGGGUUACACAGGAAAAGAUGUCGAGCACCAAGGAACCUGGCAAGGUUGUCCAAGUCUUCGGACGGAAGAAGACCGCUAUCGCAGUUGCUCACUGUACGGCUGGCAAUGGUGUGCUCAGAGUUAACGGCAAGCCCCUCGAUCUCCUCGAGCCAUCGACGCUCAGGUACAAGCUGAUGGAGCCAAUUCUUCUUCUUGGUCGCGACCGCUUCAACCAGCUGGACAUCCGUGUUCGCGUCAAGGGUGGAGGUAACGUCUCCCGCGUGUACGCAAUCCGUCAAUGCAUCUCGAAGGCUAUUGUUGCUUUCUACCAGAAGUACGUCGAUGAGGCCACCAAGAAGGAGUUGAAAGACAUCCUCGCUCAGUACGACAAAACCCUUCUCGUGGCUGAUCCUCGAAGAUGCGAACCCAAGAAAUUCGGUGGACCGGGUGCCCGCGCCAGGUACCAGAAAUCAUACCGUUAAACGGAUAUGUAAUAAACGAACGUUCCGUUUA